AUGUGUCUUAUCAGCUAUCACUUCCAUCGACAACUCCCCAACACAUCAGCUAUAGAAUCGCAGACAAUGCUGCGUCAAAAUGAGUGGAGUCUAGGACUUGUUAUGCUGCUUGGAGUGGUGAUACUUUGGGUGUUGUCCUCGUUUCUAGUGGAUGGAAUAUUCAAGGAUGACCUCUAUAGCAAACCCUUUCUGAUAACAUAUCUGAACACCUCGGUAUUUGUUCUGUACUUGAUACCGUACCACUUCUACAAACAGGUAUUACCAUCAGAUGCAUUGACCCAUCGCGAGACUUCCGUGCUAGCCGCCAAAUUCUGUCUGUUGUGGUUUCUGUCUAAUCUAGUCAACAACGCCAGUCUGCUGUAUACCUCUGUCUCAAACCAGACGAUUUUGAGCUCCACGAGCAGUUUCUUUACUCUGUUAGUGUGCUGGAUAGUGGGUAUUGAUACAAUAUCGAGAAUAAAGCUGACAGGGCUGGUUCUGAGCUUUGUAGGUGUUUUGCUGAUCAAUUACAAGACGGAUGCCAUAUCAGCACAUCCUCUCUGGGGUAACGUUCUGGCAUUGCUCGGUGCGGUCUGUUACGGCGUAUAUUCUGCCAUGUUGAAGCUCAAAGCGAUUAACUUUGGUAACAUCAACAUGAGACUUUUUUUUGGCUACGUGGGAAUAUAUAACACGCUUUUUGUGUGGCCGUUGCUAGUGGUGCUGCAUCUUACAGGACUGGAGACCUUGGAGAUGCCCCAUGGUUCAACUACGUGGAAAUUGCUUGCUGUCAACUGCUUCAUUUCCUUCAUCGCAGACUUUUUGUGGGCCAAUGCUACUUUACUGACGUCUCCUUUGACGGUGACUGUCGGACUGUCUUUGACUAUACCCAUAGCCAUGGUGGGGGACUGGGUUUUCAGACAGAGAGCUACAUCGGUUUUGUAUGUUCUUAGUGCGAUGCUAAUUUUGGUUUCGUUCAUAAUAAUCAACCGUGAAGAGGAGAAGGUGGAAGUGGAUGAGCAAAGGGAGGAAGAUGCUUGA